AUGCUGACUGCCACUGCCCUGGCACUGCUGAUGCUGGUGGCAGUGGCUGCAUUUCUCAUUGGCCUGCCCGCAAAUGGAACCCUUGCUGUCUGGAGUUUUGGAGAGUUGGUCAGGAAAUUCAAGAGCUCUAUAUUCAAUCUCCUUAUCCUGGGUCUGGCUGCCUGCAGGUUUCUCCUUCCAUGGCUGACCAGGAUGGACUUAAGCCUGUUUCCAUUUUCCGAGAGCAGACGUUGGUCCCUUCGUCUCAGGGUCUUCUGUGUCCUGAUAAGCCAGCGCAGCCUGUGCAGAAAGAUCACCACUGUUGAGCCCCCUGUCUGCUUGUGGCUGAAAAAGAAGACGAAGACUUAUUGCCUGAGUCUCUGGUGCCUUCUGGGGUGCCACGUGAUUGAUUUGUUGGUUGGAAACAACAGCGUUGUGUACCCCCGUUCAGCAUGGCGCUGUGUGUAUUUAUAUAUGUCACAGCUCAUUCAAGGAAGUGGGGUGCUGUUCAUGGUGCUGCUUCUUUCCUCUGGGAUGCUGAUCGUGUCUUAUAGAUAUCACAGGAAGAUGCAGGUGUGCACACCUGGCAGGCAGGGUGCUCGGGCCAGGGCUCCAAUCACCGCCGUGAGGUCUGGUUGCUUCUCUGUCCGCACGUGCUGGCUGUCCCCCUUUGCUGUCAGCUCCAGGUCUUCCGCUCCUCUUACCUCAGUCUUCAUCUCUGAGACACUCAUGGCUGCUCAUCCCUCUCUUCAUUGAUCAUGGGUGAUUAAUCCCAAGAUGAAGCAGAAUUGCCAGAGAAUCCUGUGGAAGGCAGUGUGUGCUUGGAGGGCCUGGGCCAGAUAA